AUGAAAAUGGAUGAAUAUCUUACAAAAUUCCACAGACAAGAGAUUUUAGAUGCUCUUAAGAAUAAAAAACUCUUGAUUUCCAUUAAUUUUGACUUGACAAAUUUAAUGAAAGUGAAUGAAAAACUUUAUAAACAAAUGAAAUACAAUUUUGAUGACGAAUAUACUAAUUGGAAGAAAUCAACCAUUAAUCAGAUUUCACAAUUGAUUCAAGCAGAAAAGAUCCAACUCAAUAGCAAAAAUUUAGAAAUAGAAUUUGAUUUUUUAAAUCAUCCAGAGAGAGUUGAUUGGCCAAAACUCACAUCAGAACUCUUCCAACUUGUUGAAUUUAAAGGAUAUGUUUUUCGAUCAUCAACACCCAGGAAACUAGAGCUUUUACGGGAAGUACAGUGCUUGAAAUGUCGACAGAAGACCACGAUUAAAGCUGACCGUUUGUACGAUUACACAUUUCUAUGCACUAGACAUUGUAUAAUUACAGGAGGUUGUGAUGGAAAGAUGGUAUAUACUAAGAAAGAGGAAGAAGUGCCAUCGUUAGAAAAUACAAUUGAUUUUCAAGUAUUUAAAGUACAGGAACUUGAUAAAUUCACUCCAAAAAAUCGGUAUUAUGCUGUUGAAGUUGAAGGAAAUCUUGUAGAUACAUGCAAUAUUGGUGACACCGUUUAUGUUUUAGGAACUUUUGAAACAAGAACUGACGCUAGCACAAAAGAAAUUAAGCGAUAUGUUAUUCGAGGAAUUAAAAUUUCCAAAGCUCUUGAAUGGAAACAGUCGAUUAUUUCACAUGAGAAACAAUUGGCGGUAACAGCAUGGAAUGACGGUAAAAAACGAAAUAAUGACAAUGAGCUGGAAGCAAGAGAUGAAUUAUUAAAAGGUGUAGCGCCUGAGCUCAACAAUUGUUUUAUUCUAAAGUUAGCACUUAUGGUCGUUAUGUGUACUGGAGGAAGAUCUAAGCAUCGAAAAGCACAAAGAUUGGAACGUAUGACAAACAGAGAUAUUAGCCACAUCCUCUUCAUUGGACUUCCAGGAUUAGGAAAAUCGGAAUUAAUUAAAGCUGCUUCAAAAAUCAGUUAUCGGUCAAUUAUCUGUGUAGGCUCGGCAUGUACUUUAGCUGGUUUGACGGCAUCAAGUUAUAAAGAAGAUAAGGAAACACAUGUUGAAGCUGGAGCUUUAGUUUUGGCUAAUCAAGGGAUUUGCUGCAUUGAUGAAUUUAAUUUAUUGUCUACAAGAAAUCGAGGUGCACUUCAUGAUUCUAUGGAACAUCAAAAGUUUUCAUUUAUGCAAGCGAGCUUAAAGGUCGAGGUAAACACAAGAUGCAGUGUUAUCGGAAGCAUGAAUCAUAAAUCCGAACAGUCAGCUGAAGCAAGAAAUAAGAAUCUUAAGCAUUCAGCAUUUAACAUUGAACCGUCUUUAAUAUCGAGGUUUGAUUUUGUAUUUUUCCUUGUAAAACCAGAAGAUCGAGAUUUUGAUGGUGACAUAAUCAGUGCUAUUAUUAAUUCGUCUAGCUCAGAAUAUAAAGAAAAGUUUGUUGAAUGGAGUUUAGAAAGAAUACAGUCGCAUGUUAUUGUAGCGAAGAAUAUUGCUUGUGAAGUAACAAUUGAUGCUUACAAAUUGCUUGUCAAUUAUUAUAAAUUUUGUAAAGCUUGUUUGGAAAUAGAUGAAUCAAGAAAGACGAUGAGGUUGCUAAAAAGUUUGGAAAGACUCACAGUAGGACAUGCAAAGUUAAUGCUUCGAAAUAAGACAAAAUUGAUUGAUGCACUUACUAUUAUUUGGCUAACGGAAAAUUCUUGGUCUUUUGGAGAUUUAAUUGAGCAGGAAAAUGUAGUUUUAUCUGAGCUUCCAUUGGGACCAUCGCAAAAAUGUAUUGAACACAUUUUUGAUACAUUACACCUAAGUCAUCUUAAAGAAGUUUUUCAAAAAGAGCAAAAUGAAGUCACAGGUGAUGCACAUUGUCCAUUGCAGCUUAAUACAACGAUUCGAGAGGAUGCUCAAGACAAAAAGGAACUUAAGAAACUAUUUAAUAAGACUGGUGCACUUAAAAGACGAUCCAACGAAACAAAAUGUACAGAAAAUAUUACAGAGGAUAUUGACGAUGAGUUUCCAGAGAUUUUAAAAAAAUCUUUUGGCAUUUCAAGAAUUGAGGAUUUGUUUACAAAUAGUGAUGACGAGUUCGAUGAAAAUAUCAAAGACAGUUCAAAAGUACCACAUUUUUCGUCAGAUACACUUUCAAUUCAACACAUGGAAGAUUAUCUACUAAAUGAAGAAUCCAAUGACAGUCUUACCAAUUUUGAAGUUAUCCAAGAUAAUAUGAGCACUCAAAAUGGGCAAAUACUUCCUAAUUUUGCCACUGAUACAGAACAAUCAAACGUAUUUCAAAAACCAACAAUUCCAAUUGAAAAAUCGGAACUAAUAGAAAAUGUAGACACCAAACGAAGAAAAAAGUCCAGUGAAGAUGAAGAUUUCUCAAUAGAUGAAAUGUUAAAGGAUCUGCCUCAUUCAUCAAAAAGCAUAGCAUUUAAAAAUGAUGAAGAAACACAGAAAAAGUCAACAUCAUUAGGAUUCCUAGGUCGUUUGAAGACUUUUGAGUUUUCAUCUCAGAAGUCUCAGAAGAAUGAAAAGAAAUCAGACGAAUGUCCAAUAUCAGCUAUAAGUGAAAAUUUGCAAGCACUUAAUAACCAGCUCGCAGAAAAUUUAAUUCAAAAAGGAACUGAGCAAAAGACAACAUCAACACCGAUGUCAAGAGAAGAAUAUUUAAAAGCUCUCGAUGAUGAAUUAGAUUUAUGGAAUUAA